GCCGGGGCUGCCUGAGUGCAGGUUUUGCACAGGGCAAGGACCAAAGUCGAAGCGGGGUUGCUCCGGCAUACGUGCGCUUCCAAGCCUGCACGGCAGCUUUAGGCUGUUAUUUGUCAACCUGCUUGCCGCUGCUAUCGCGAUUUUUUAAAUUGGGAGCUUGCUACUGCAAAUCGAUCUGCACAGAGCAGGCUGAGUCCGCUAGCUACGCGUGCAGGGCUCCGGAACGCGGCGUACAAGUCUCCAUCAUGUCCAGCACGAGCAGCACCAACAACAAAAAAACAGGAGACAAAACGAGAAGAAGCAACAGCGAGCCCGCGCGCCUCCGCGGCCGACGAAAAGACAGCGAGAGCGACGACGACAGCAACGGCGCCCGCUCCAUGUCGCGGUCGCGGUCGCGGUCGCGCGACCGCGAGCCGAGAAACAGACGGCACGACGACGGCGGCCGCCUCACGCGCGACUCGCCGCUCCUCGCGGACGCGCUCCCCAAGCUCGGCGGCAUGGCGCGCGCCGCCGUCGAGCAGUGGGGUUUAGAUGAAAGUCGCCUGCUCGCCUGGGCGGCGGCGCGGCGGCUGCCCGGCAUCGGCGUCGCGGACGUGAAUUUGUAUAGACAGGAGAACCCCGACGAGGAUCUGAGUGCUGAGAUGAACAGUGAUUUAUUAGGCACAUAACAAUAACAUCAAAGG